CCCUCGCUGGCGUACCAACACUUCCAUCUUUCCUAAUUCAUCAACCCACCAUCAGCCGCCACCCGCCCAUCUUCACGACCUCGAUCCAUCCCGACCCUACCCCGAAGCUCGCAAUCAUCUCUCGUGAUAAGCUAUGCCAACAUCAGUUCCUCCCUCCUGGCAGGCCCCGCCAGCGAGCCGCCCUAGUAGCCAACAAUAGAUUCUCGGCCGUUCCUCGACUUUGGCUUCCCUUCCCUUCGCUCCCCAGUUGCAUCUCAGAAUACAUGUCAAAACGAUGGCAGAUGGCCGUGGCUGGGCGGGUUGAGGAUUCCAAUUAGCGACAGCCAAUGUAGAAGACACUGCGACCAAGACGCCGUGUCGAGAGACACCCACAGCCUUUGUACUCGGUGACUAGAGCAAACUUCUCGCAUCCUUUGUCAUCGAUACUCGUAAAGAUGGUGAUGCUGCAAGAGAAGCCAGGCCGCACUCGUUAAGGGCCCUACAUAUACAUCUAUAUAUUACUGCGUAUCUCACAUAGCUGCGUAUCCCGUUCGGCAUACGGCCUUGUUCAUCGCUAGCUUCGCAACCAACCCAUUCAUAUUUCGGCGUCUGCCCCUUGUUGUCGUUCUCCCCGCCCCCUGGAGCAUCCCUGCUUUUUGCCUGUUCUGUCUUUCCACAUCAGUUCUAUCUAGACCCCCGCGAUGCCUCCCAAGAAGCGUCACCAGAAACGCCAAGCCGCGGCCAAUCGCAGAAAGACGCCAAAGACCAAAAGCACCACGUCAACUGUCUCAAAAAGGAAUCCGCCUAAAGCCGAGGUUGCACACCCUCGUGGGAAGGCUACUGGGGCCAAACGUGCCCUAGAAGAAGACCACGCCAACCGACUCCCAUCCAAGCGGGCAAGGACAACGUUAGUGAGGAAAAGGGGUCGGCCUGCAUCCCGCCCCGCGAUACCUCCCACCAUCAACCAUCCUCCCACUGAAGUUCUCGCUAUUAUUGCCUUUGGAAAUGGUGAGUCCGGCGAACUUGGUCUGGGCCCUAACGUAACAGAAAGUACUCAACCGCGCAUCAACCCAUAUCUCGAUCCCCGAGACCCAUCCGCGUUCCACGUGGAUCAGUUUAGCUGCGGUGGCAUGCACACCGUUGCGUUAACCGUCACAAAUCAGAUCAUCACCUGGGGAGUUAACGACAAGAGCGCCCUCGGAAGAGAGACAGAUUGGAACGGUGGGUUGCGUGACAUUGAGGAAGAUAGCAGCGAUUCAGAUGGGGAUUUAAAUCCGUACGAAUCGACCCCUGCCCCAGUCCCAGAAAAGUACUUCCCUUCCGGUACAAGAUUCGUACAAGUUGCCGCUGGAGACAGUUGCAGUUUUGCACUCACCGAUACUGGGCUCGUGUAUGGAUGGGGUACGUUUAGGGAUUCGAAAGGGGAAGAUCGCUUUUCCCUCGACGCAAAUGGGGUAGUUGUCGAGAUUCAGAGAAAGCCGGCCUGCAUCUCCGGCCUUGAAAAGAUCACCCAGAUCGCCUGCGGAGCUAACCACGCAUUGGCUCUCGAUGCAACUGGGAACAUCUGGGCCUGGGGCGCGAGCGAACAGAAUCAACUUGGCCGCCGGGUCCUACCUCGCCGCUAUUUGGAAUCCUUCAAACCCAGCCGAGUCGGUGUCUGCCGCAAUAACGCCAAGUUCAUUGCUUCCGGGGAGUAUCACUCCUUUGCGAUCGAUCGGAAAGAUAAUGUCUGGGCUUGGGGCCUGAAUAGCUUUGGCGAGGCCGGCGACGCGAAAGGUGCUGGUGGAAAUUCCAUCCUCGUGCCAUAUCCGACAAAGGUCCGAGACCUCUGUGGGGAGAAUAUCAUCCAUCUAGAUGGAGGUGCUCAUCACUCUGUUGCACUAACUGCUGACGGCCGGUGUCUGGCCUGGGGUCGGAUGGACUGCGGACAGCUCGGUAUCGACUUCACCUCUGAGCAGCUGGAGGACAUAUCUCUCAUUCGCUAUGACGGGAGAAACGAGGCUCGCAUUUGCCUGCGCCCGACUGAGGUCCCCAACGUCGGUCACGUGGUCUACGCGUGUUGUGGUACGGACCACACUAUCUUUAUCGACAAGGGCGGAAAGGCAUAUGUUACUGGUUUCGGGUCGCAAGGCCAGCUUGGCUUCGGUUCUUACGACGACGUACAGAUCGCCCAACCCCUUCAAAGCGGAGAGACCGAGGGGAGGACCCUAACAGGGGCGGGUGCAGGUGGACAGUUCUCUUUAGUUGCCGCACUAGUUAAAUAAACCUUGUGACUCUGAA